GCAGCGGGGUGAGUUACAACCCCGCUUUGAGAAAUGCCUCAUCGGGAUCUGCUGUCAACUCCCCGGCAGAGAGAGUCUCGGAAAACGAGUCCAGUUGCAGCACUAACAGCGCCAAGAAGUUACCAGUUCUGCCACCCAAAGAUCCCGUGUCGAUAGAGAGAUCCAACCUUCUAAGCAUGAUGAAGCUGAGCAUUAAGGUAUUAAUCCAGAGUUCCUUGAGUCUGGGAAGAACCCUGGAUUCUGACUACCCUCCACUGCAACAAUUCUUUGUGGUUCUUGAACACUGCCUCAAACAUGGACUAAAAGCCAAGAAAUCCUUCAUUGGACAGAAUAAGUCCAUCUGGGGACCGCUGGAGCUUGUUGAGAAGUUGUGUCCAGAGUCCUCUGAUAUUGCUACAAGUGCCCGAGACCUGCCCAGCCUUAAGACAGGUUUGGGCAGGGCAAGAGCUUGGCUGCAUUUGGCGCUCAUGCAGAAAAAAGUAGCUGACUAUAUGAAAGCCCUGCUGGAUCGUAAAGACCUCCUCACUGAGUUUUAUGACCCUGGAGCGUUAAUGAUGGAGGACGAAGGGACUGUUAUUGUGGGGUUGCUGGUGGGCCUGAACGUUAUUGAUGCAAACCUUUGUAUUAAAGGGGAGGACCUAGACUCACAGGUGGCAGUCAUUGACUUCUCCCUUUACCUGAAGGACCCAGUAAACAGUGAGACUCCAAAGGAUGAUACGAAGAUGACAGCCAUAUUAGAUCAAAAGCACUACAUCGAGGAGUUGAACCGUCACCUCAGUGGCACUGUUUCUGACCUGCAAGCUAAGAUGGACUCUUUAGAAAAGACUAACAGCAAACUUGUAGAGGAGCUCACAGCUGCAACCGACAGAAUCAACUCUCUACGGGAGGAACAGGAACAGCUGAGAAAAGAGAAUGAGUGUAUUUUGCAAACCAGCCAAAAAAAAGAAGAAGCAACUCUACAGGACAGUCAAGUGGAGCUGGAAACGUACAAACAGACACGGCAAGGCCUGGAUGAGAUGUACAAUGUGGUGUGGAAACAGUACAAGGAAGAGAAACGCAUUCGCCAGGAGCUUGAGCGGGAGCUUGAGCUGCAGGUGGGGCUGAAGCAGGAGAUGGAAGUGGCUAUGAGAUUGCUGGAGAAGGACACUCAUGAGAAACAGGACACACUGGCAGCUCUGCGGCUUCAGCUUGACCAAGUCAAGGUCCUUAACCUACAGAUGUUCAACAAGGCACAGGACUGUCAGCGCGAGGCUGAGAAAAAGCAGGAGGAAGCUGUGCAGCUUGAAAAAAAGAUGAGUGAAAUGGAGAAUGCAACGAAGGAGCUGGAGCAAAGGCUUCAGAAUUCAGAGCAGGAGCGCAAUCAGAGGAACCAGUCAGACAAAGACAUGAGAUCUGAGCUUGAGGGUAGGGUGGACGCUCUGCAGAAGCAGCUGGCUGACCUAGAUACACUGAGGGUGGGUUUGGAGAGUGAACUGCGCAGUGAGAAGGAACAGAGGCAGAGCAUGCAGAAAGCUCUCCAGAGAGAACAGGAUAACAGCGUGGAGCUCCGCACACAGCUACAACAACUCCAAGGGCUUCACACGGAGCUGCAGGACCUGAAGCAGGAGAAGCAGCAGCUGCAGCAGAUGUGUGAGCAACAGGAACAGGCUCUUCAAGAGAUGGGUCUGCACCUCAGCCAGUCUAAACUCAAGAUGGAGGACUUCAAGGAGGGCCAUGCCUGGCUUAAAGAUGAUGAGGCCACUCAGUGCAAGCAAUGCCAGAAGGAGUUCUCCAUCUCUCGCCGGAAGCACCAUUGCAGGAACUGUGGAGACAUCUACUGCAAUAGCUGUUCCAGUAAUGAGCUGGCAUUACCUUCCUACCCUCGGCCUGUGCGGGUGUGUGACAUCUGCCACUCCCUCCUACUGCAGAGGAGUUCCUCCACAGGAUCCUGACACUACACACACAUACGCUGUCAUACCCCUUGAUUUCAAAGAACUGUAUCAAAUCAUAGGACGGAAAGCAAGUUGUUGUUUCCAGUUUGUUCCUGAAAUUUUGUUUGGCACAAUUAAUAGGGUGCCACGUUUUAAUUAUUCUUACUAAUGGCAUGGACUAAUGCUUGCAUUGUGACUACGCUCCAAAGAUGGGUUUACAUGCAAUUUAUCAUGUUAAUUAUGGCAAGCUGCACUUGAAUAAGCAAAAUUGACCCCUUUCACAAUAGACAAAAACCUUUUUCUCUUAAAUUGGGAUUCUUCUUACACUGCAACAAAUUUGUUGGGUUUUCACUGGCUUGUUAGACGUCAUUUUAGUUUAUGGAAAAUAUGUAAACUUGAAAUGUAUCAAGCUCCUGGUUUUUAAUUGGAUCUGUAAUUAUGGAUUGUUUCGACCCAGUGAAAUUGCAAGAAAAUUGAGGCAUUUGUGCAAAAUUAUUCUGCCAGUUUUUUUAAACACUGGAUAUUUCCACUCCACACAAACUGCAGUCACCAAUCUUUAAUUGUAAAUAACUU